UUGAUAUACACCUACAACUAUCUGUAGAUAAUCUGCGGCCGUGGUCCGAGACUCGUUUCUACACAAUACUAUAAUAUUAUAAUACUAUAGUACUGUAAUACUGUAAUGCCUACUGUAUCAUUGUAGUUCUACGGUAGGUUUGGCUCCCGAGUACCGACACAAUUUAGUCGGUAGCGCCAAGGAACAACUAGUUAGGUUAUGCCUUGUCCUCUGUCCGUUUAAAAGGCUCUAUCGUCGCACGGGACACGGCGGGUACACGAAUAAAGGCCGUGUCGGGCGCUCCGUUGUUUUCGGAAGCCGGUCAACUUUAGUCUCUUUCCUAUGAGUCGCGUACGCGCCACCCGACGAGAACAUCCCGCCCUUAACAUUUCGAACGGUUCCAAUAUUUAUCUUGCGUCCCCUAUCGUGGUCCCGGACCUUGCAGUACAACUGUGUGCUACUUGCGGUUGCAGCACUGAAGAACUGCGCUCCAGCGCGACCUCUCAUCUCUCCUGUGGAUUCGAGCCGCCGGAUUGGGAUACGCCACCAGCGUUCGGUGGUCACAUUCGUUGACUUUUUGCGCAGGUAUACAAAACGAUUACUGUGUAUAAUGGGUUUCGACACAUCAUGGGACAUUAAUCCACUUCAAACUAUCUAUGAAAGUUCUGAACAUUGGAAAUUUAGGGAAGCAUUUUUGAUUGCCAAUAAAAAGAAAUACCCUAGAGAUAGAUUAGUGGUUUUGUCUAAUAUUUUUAUGAAUGUUGAAUUUAUGGAAUGCAAGUAUCCAAAGCCGACCAUGGAUCUUAUUGAAAAUCUAUCUAAAGAUUUUGUUGAUGAUUUGAGAAAUAUGCUUAAGUUAAAGGUACCAAAAAUCAGUAUGACUGAUUCCAAUGCUGCUGGAGCUAAAGAUAAUGAAAAUGCUGAAACCUGCACAACAUCAAACAUAAAAAAUAAUCAACCUCCCAACAAAAAAAUGAGAUAUUUAACACCAUAUGACACCAACUGUAUAAUACCAGGUUUUAUUUUGAAAACUUCUCAGGGUGUAUCUGUCUAUGGAAUUCUAGAACAGUCAUGUAGUUUUAGCGGAAUAGCAAAACCAGAAAUAAAAUAUGAACAUUUAAGUAGCACACAUGUUCGAUCGAAAUUGUACCUACAGAAACAAUUGAUAGCAGUUGGUGAUUCAAAAACAGAGAAAAUGGCUCUUAGGAAUGUUUUAGAUAUUGCCUAUGAUAUUUUGAAAGAAAUGUGCUUUACCAUUAAGGUGAAGGAAAUUGAUAAGCAAUCUCAAAUUACUUUGUCAGAUAUUGUGAAUGAUUCAACAUUUGAUGAAACAAUUGAUUCUAACACAACUACAUAUUAUAAUAAAAUAUCAGACAACAAUGUCGGUAAUAAGAUAUUGAAAAACAUGGGUUGGAAAGAAGGCGAUGGGUUAGGAAAAAAUAAGCAAGGAAUAACAUCACCAAUAGAAAUUAUUCAUCUCAAAAAAAGAGGUGGACUAGGUAUUGCAGAUUGUGAAACUGAUAUAACAAGCUUGAAAGACUUUAAAAUACAAGUUAAGAAAUACAUAAUGAGGUUUUUAGAUGGUCCAAAAAAAAGACUUACAUUUUCAUCUGAGUUCACGAAAGAAGAGCGUAUAAUUAUUCACUCGAUCUGUACAAAAGUUGGUUUAAGGGCCAAAAGUCAUGGAAGUCAAGCAAACAGGCAACUUGUGAUAAUCAAAAUACAAACUUCACCGGACAUUUUUUAUGAACUCAGAAAUUGCAGCAACUUUGAAAAUGAUUGUUAUAUAUUGAUACCGCCACUGCAUGAAAGCAAUAAUGAACAGUGUAGUAUGAAAUUAUAAACCUGCUUUUUUUUUUUAUUAUUAUAUAGAUUUUAAUUGAUACAACGCCGCAGUUGAUAGUAUUUUAUUUUAUGGAAGAAUCAUGCUUCUAUACAUUUUUUUUAUCGAUAUUAUUUAUUAUUUCAUUUUCUCAGGAUAAUUUACCUAAUAUUUAACUUAAGUAUAUCAUUAACUUGUAUUAUUUGUAUGACUAAACUGUGCUAUAUGUUACCUUGUUAUAAAUGAGAAAAUAAAAAUAAGUUUACGAUGCUCUAUA